AUGAAUGAGGGUUCGAAUAUCAAUGGUGAGAUGGAGGAGGAGGAUAUGGAGCAGUCCGAAGCAGGAAGCGGUGAUUCCCCAUAUCAAGCGCAUGGGAGCCACGCAGAUGGUAUAAAUCCGCCCCAAGAAGCCGCUCUCGACACAGUACCUGAUACGAGCGACGAGACGAACGAACGAGAAGAAAGCCUCCCAGAGAACGCGGCAGCAAACCACUCGCCUCCCAAAAGCCCGAGAUCCUUCACCUUCAAAGUCGGCACGAAGAGACCACUCGACGAGACAUCUCCAACUGCAACCGAGUACAGUUCGCCAUACCGCAGGAGAUUGCCGAGCAAGCGAGACUACAGUUCGGACGAUUCUGAUACCGAGGCCAGCAAGCUCCUUCUUCGGGACCUACUUCCUCACGAGAUCAAGUUGGCGCACAUUCUGUACCGUCGAUACGUCGUCUCGAGGUUUCUGCCGGCUGCUGUGGCUCUCAAAUACUGGAUUCACCAAUGGAAAGAGGCCCAUCAGGAAAGGGAAGCAGAAUGGCAAGAGCUUCUGGAGUUGCACGAGACUCCGCGUCAGAGAAGGGAGAGGCUUCGGGUGACGGCAUUCCACGAAUCGGCCCCCACGCGAAAGGCAGCGGCCGAAUAUCUGAAGAAAGCUCGAGAAGACCUCAGAAUAAGGACAGAAGUCGAGAAGAGUAUCAGAAGCAGUAUAGAAUCCGAGGAGAGUGUUCAGGACCUGACAGAAGGCACAAAUGGAUGGGUAGCAAUCAGUCUCCGUCCCCGGGGUCUAUAG